GGCCUUACGAAGUUAAGUGACAAUAGGCAUCAUAUUUUUUAGAUUUAAUCAAGACUGCGACUGCGUUAGUAUGCAAAGCAGCAUAUUCAAAAUAUGAUGGUGGUUAUUAUCUUAACAGAAAUGUUUGAAAGAUUGAACCAGGAGUACACCACAAAAGAAAAACAAAGAUUUAUAUUUAUAUAAGCUUCAUAUCUAUGACUUCUUCGCAACUAGCGACAAGAGAUGGCCUUAGUGGCUUAUGAAAAUUUUCGAGGAAGAAGACAUACGUAAUCAGUCAAGGCUCAAUUUCCACCUCGAAAAAGUAACCCUUAAAAGGUCAAGCAAUGGCACUGGCAACGUUAUCUCGAAAUAUAUUAGUUAACGGUGCCUGGAAAUCAUCAUUCUCCAGGUCAUUGUCAGUAACACAUACGAAAUGUCAAAAGGCCCAGGAGGCAGAGGAAUUUUAUGGGAACGAGCACAGAGAAUUACAAAACUCACUUAAAAAGCUGAUUGCAACUGAGAUUAACCCUCAUGUUGAUAAAUGGGAAGCAGAAGGACAGUUUCCUGCCCAUGAAGUUUUCAAGAAGCUUGGCCAGGCUGGAUUUUUAGGAGUCACUAAACCAGAAGAAUAUGGUGGUCUGGGACUUGAUUAUCGGUACAGUGUUGCUUUGGCGGAAGCUCUUGGAAAUAUUCAUUGUGGGGGUAUUCCCAUGGCUGUGGCUGUUCAGACAGACAUGGCAACACCAGCACUAGCAAGGUUUGGAAGUGAUUUCUUAAAAAAAGAAUUCCUGGCUCCUAGCAUAACAGGAGAUAAGGUGUCUUGCCUGGGUGUCAGUGAACCUGGUGCUGGGUCAGAUGUAGCUAGCAUUCAGACCACAGCACGUCGACAAGGAGAUGACCUUAUUAUCAAUGGGCAGAAAAUGUGGAUCACUAAUGCCUGGCAAGCUGAUUGGAUGUGUUUAUUGGCAAAUACAUCUCAGGGGCCAAAUCAUCGCAACAAGUCCUUAAUAUGCUUACCCAUGGAUACACCUGGCAUUCAUUUAGCAAAGAGAAUUGACAAAAUGGGAAUGAGGUGUUCAGACACAGCACAACUAUUUUUUGAAGAUGUAAGGUUGCCAGCCAAAAACAUAAUCGGAGAAGAAGGCAUGGGAUUUACUUAUCAGAUGAUGCAGUUUCAAGAGGAAAGGCUAGCAGCAGCAGCACUAGUUCUUGCUCCAGUGGAAAUGACGAUCCAAAAUACAAUAGACUACACAAAAGAGAGGAAAGCUUUUGGACAACCCAUAAUCAAUAACCAGUAUAUACACUUUAGACUAGCUGAAUUGAUGACUGAGGUUGAAUGCCUUAGGUCUCUUAUAUACAGGGCAACAGAUCUAUAUGUGUCAGGAGAGGAUGUUACAAAGCUUGCAUCUAUGUGCAAGUUGAAGAGUGGUCGACUUGCACGUGAAGUUACUGAUGGAUGUUUGCAGUUUUGGGGAGGCAUGGGAUUUACAAAUGAGGUUCUUGUAAGCCGGUUUUACCGGGACUUGCGACUCGUUUCUAUUGGAGGUGGUGCAGAUGAGGUUAUGCUGAGUAUUAUUUGCAAGUAUAUGGGUACCCUCCCUUUGCCACCUAAAAAGAGAUGAGCAUGGGUAAAAAUGUAAUACAUAUUGAAGAUAAAUGUACAAUAUUUUUCCAGGGUUAAUAUGGGGUAAUUUUUAGCUGAAAUAAAUACAAUGCAAUAAUUGAUAAAAUGUACAAAAAUACUGUGGUGCUAUUAUUUCUAUGUUAAAAUCAAAGUAUAUAUUACUUUAAGGCAAUUUGUGUAAAGUUUAGACUAACUUAUGCCUUACAUGUAUUAAAUAUAGAUUGGUAAGCAAGA